AUGUUUAUUUGUGCAGCCAAUUACCAAGACCAGAAUGAGGACAGCAUAACAUUUUCCAAUCAUGGAGAAAAACAGCCACUUCUUUCUAUUGUCUUUUUCUUGAUAUAUAUAAUUGGAGUAUUGGUGAAUCUAAUUAUAAUAAUUGUUAUUUAUUUGGAUAGUCACUUACACACCCCUAUGUAUUUCUUCCUCUGCACCCUGGCCUUUGUAGAUAUCUGUUACCCUACUGUUACUCUCCCUAAACUCAUGGACAUUUUGCUUUCAGGAGAUAACUCAAUAACCUUAAUACAGUGUUUUACUCAAAUGUACUUUUUCCUGGCUUUGGCUGCCGUUGAAGCCACUUUAUUGGCUUCUAUGGCAUAUGAUCGUUAUGUUGCUAUUUGCAAGCCCUUACAAUAUCACCUCAUUAUGAACAGGAGAUUUUGUGUACUGGCGAUUGUAGGGAUUUGGAUUUCUGCCCUUGUUAAUUCUGCAUUUCUUACACAUCUGGCUUCAAAAUUGGCAAAUUGUGGUUCCAAUAAAAUCAAACAAUUUUUCUGUGAAAUUAAGGGUGUGGCAUACAUUUCUUGUGACAGAACAACAUUUUAUGGCGCCAUUUAUGUGGAAGCAUUUUUUUAUGGAAUUACGACAUUUUCUUUAAAUUUACUGUCAUAUAUAAAUAUAAUAAGAAACAUACUACAUAUAAAAUCCAAACAUGGCAGACAAAGGGCUUUUUCCACCUGUACUUCCCACUUUAUUGUUUUGAUCAUUUUCUACGGGAGUGGAAUGUGGACCUACUUGAGACCUCCUUCACAAUCAGAGGAGUUGGACCAGGUGUUCACAGUGCUGUUAGUUGGAGUGACUCCCAUGUUAAACCCCCUCAUCUAUAGUCUAAGGAAUAAAGAAGUACAGAAUGCACUGCUAAGAAUUUGCACUUCAGGACAUCACCAGGGACACAUUCAGGAUUUACAAGAAGCCUCCAAGUUUGCCAGGAUCCACGAACCCAACCAAGGUCUUUUGCACCACCUAGUCGGUCAGGCAGUCCGUCACACGACCUGCGACCCUCCACCUUGCCCCGACUCAGGACUUUUACUGUGUGCCACCUCCCUCCUUCGGCCAGGCCGACACCGCUUCAAUGCCUCACUGACCUUUCCGGCAUUAACUACCAACUAG